AUGGUAAACAGUGGCCGCACGACAUACGGGCCGGAUGCAUCAAACCCUCAGGGGGGCGUGUAUGCUUACCACGAAGUCUCGCAAAAUGCAGCUGGAAGUCCAGGCUUCGCCGGCGACCAGUACUCCACUGCGAUAGAUGUUCAGGGCCAGGGAUACAUACCCGCCACGCAACAUGGCCAGCCGGUCGAGGGCAGCCAAUGCCAGGCGAUAGCGAACAUGUUUUGCACGAAGUUGAACGUCCUCUUGAUCUUCGUGCCUUUGGGGAUCCACUUCGGUGCUAACGUAUUCUGGCAGUUCCUGACCCUCAAUGCAACGAUCGAGGAGGCUUUCAGGAAGAAGCAGCAACGAAAACUUGUUCUCAUCGUGGAGACGGCAGAAUCAGAUGACCAGCGCACCGUGGCAGUUUGGCACAUUGACCCCAGCUUGGACAGGACCGUGGAUGUGAUCACCAUCAUGCCGUGCUCUGACUUGACACCAACGGAGUACAGCUUAGAGCAGCACCUGCAAAUCCAAGUGAUGGGCAUCUCCACCUUUGUCCUGGCAUCGCUGGCAACAGUCUUCAUGCGGCAGUACAACUUACUGACGCAAGGGUUCGGCCUUGUGGCAUUUCUGCUCUGCUUCGUUCCGGCGCAGCGCGCGCUGGACCAAACCUGCCAGGAAGCAGGGCAGCGGCUGGGAUAUGAAACGGUUUAG